AAGAAGCCUUUGAGACGCCUACAGCAUCUUUUCACUCUCACCAUGUGGAAGGCAGCAGUCUUGACCCUGGGCUUGUUGGUGGCGCUGGUAGACCGGGUGCAGUCCAAUGAUGGCCAUCCGUCUUUCUACGGGGUGAAACUGUGUGGCAGAGAGUUCAUACGAGCCGUCAUCUUUACCUGCGGUGGUUCUCGCUGGAGGAGAAGCCUGGGAGACUCAGGUAAGGGGAUAAGAAACCACUGAUCUCUUAUUGGGGAAGAGGCCUUUGACCCAUGGAACACCAACUCCAUCCCUCCACUCACCAGUGAGCAGGACCCUGCAGAGUCCCAAGCAUGGAGGGAUCAAACACUGAACAAGGCGUCUGUGGUGCCUGGAUUCAGCCGCUCAGCUCGCUCACCGAUCUCAGAGGAGGUGCUGGAGGCUCUACGGAGCGUAGACAGAAAAGGACGGGACGUCGUGGUCGGGUUGUCCAACGCCUGCUGCAAAUGGGGCUGCAGCAAGAGUGAAAUCAGCUCUCUGUGCUGAACCUUGUGUCUUACAUCUUGUCUUGUUACUCAUGCAAAGCUCUACUCUUUUCCUAUUUGAUUCCUUUAUUUCUUCACACUUAGAAUACCACAUCCCAUUAAACUCAAUCGUCCAUGUGUUAACUAUUGAUACAGGAAUGUAAAUGUGUUCUCAAAAUGUGUUUACUAUGAUUAUCAUGUUCUAAAAAGAUGUUUAAUAAAGCUUUAUGUUGUUGGUAUGAGAGUCUC